AUGGGGACCCAGUCUAGUACUGGAUCAUUACCUGAGGCGACACAAGUGGCUGGUACAGCGGAGGAAAGCGUCGAGGGUCUCGCUGUCCCACCCGCAACUGAGCAAAACGAAAGGGAUACUUUGGAACGAGACACUGUACCUGACGACACACACUUCGAGGUUGCACAGGGCGUUAGAGAACCCAACGAGCAGCCAGUGUCGAGUUCAGUGGUUUUAUCGAAGCCUGUGGUUCUGUCUGGGAGUGUGCUAAAUUCUGAAAAUGUGACACAGUCUCAGUCUGGAUACGAGUAUGAAUCUUCAAGCGACGACAACUUUGCGAACGCGGAGAAGGUGCAACCGAGCCGACCUAGAUGGAUGGUCUCCAAGUGUACUAAGAAGGCGGGACGAGUGAAAGUUACGGUUGCUUCUCGCAAGACGGCUCUAAAUACCAGUUUGAAACAAACUUCACUGAUGGUGCAAGCUGUAGGUUUGGGUUUGGAGCCAUCCGUCGGUUUCUUAGUGGAGGCCGUUCAAAGUGGCGUCACCUACAAACAUGCAGUCGCGCUUCGUGCACUGACGAUUCUUCAACAAUACAGAAAAGCAAAGACCACCGUGUUUGAGCGUCGUAACAAGCCCGAGACAAACCCCUAUACGUUAAGGACGGUGCUGCCUCUACGGAGAAUCGAAACCUGCGAAGCACAAGUCGCUCAGUUCCAAAACCGAUGGUACAGCGACCAUGAAACCAGAAUGCCACAGACAGGAGUAACUGUGCAGACAGGUGGGGUCGUGUAUAACGUGAGCAUGCUGAAGGCAAUGAGAUCUUGGCACACGGCCAUAUCUCGGUUUAUCGGUAUUGAGAGUGCAUUGAAAUGGGUGGAGAAGUAUGACGAUACUGCGUGGACUACCGACGACUCAAUUAGGACCGAAGGGGUGGCAAACAAAGCGACCCUCUUCGAUUUCCUGAAACAGGUCGAUGUUCUCGGGAUACCUACGAUGCUACAGGGCUUUGCGGACAAACCCCACUUGAAAGCUCGAGCAUGGACCUCGGUAUGA